AUAAUUUGAAAAGUAAAGUUGAAAGUGGAUUUUAUUCUAUCACCCACCACCAAAGAAAGAAAGAGAGAGAGACGGCAGCUUUAAUUUCGGGCAUUCAUAGCUUUUCUCGCCGAUACAUAAAAAUAAAAUCCGAUUUUCAGAUUUCUUCGUUCUGUCCUCUCCGAUUUUUAGCUUCUCUAUUUCUCCAUUUCACAAAUUAUAUUUACUCUUAUUAUCUGUCUGCCUAUUGAUCAUUUUAUUUCUCUCUCUCUCUCUCUCUCUCGUUUAAUUCCCACUCCUCUCAGCUCUCUGCAGGUGAUAAUGAUGAUUGUUUAAUCAAAUUCAGAAAAGGGGCUAUUGGCACUUAAAUAAGAGAGAGAGAGAGGGUAUUAAUUCGCAUUGGCAAUGGAACUUCUGCGAGCUAAGAUUCCUCUCAUUCUCUAUUGAUAUACUUAUUCAAGACUGUACUUUUUGAUGCUUAUUGACAGUAAGACUUACUGGUGAGAGUGGAGAAUUAUUGCAAGGGGCAUUGACUGAAAUAAAGAGAUUGGAGCUGACACCAUGGGUGCUGUUUGUUGCUGUUUGCAUGCGGAGGACUUUGAGGAUUAUAUAAAUCCUAACAGUUCUGUCUACAGAAACUGCAUGUGUCUUAGUUGCUUUGUCCAGAAUUUUCUACAUGUGUAUGCCUCAUUAUUUCGAAGAGGGGAGGUGCUUUCUGUCCCUUCUUCCAUUCAGGGGGCAGCUUCUAUUACUUCUUCGGCAUCGUUGGACAACUCUCUUUCUGACAUGUAUCGUUCUCCUCCAAGGCCUUUGCCUUAUGAUGCCGAUCCCCGAUAUUUUCACUUGCAGCGUGAUGGUUUGGUUUCAAGACGGGAGAAGGGUUCAAGUCAUUCACAUGAGGAAUCAGAACCAUUAAGAAGUGAUAACCAUGGUGAUUCUGAUUCCUUGAGUACAGGAGACAAAUGGACUGCAUCUGGUUGUGAAGAAGGAUCCAAAGAACAGCGUGCUAGAUCCUCACUGAAAUUCUUGUCAGCAAAAUCAACUGUUGGAAUUGGGUACGUUUAUUCAUCAUCGGAAGAUGAGGAUGUCUGUCCAACAUGUCUUGAAGAAUAUACUCCAGAGAACCCUAAGAUAGUGACAAAGUGCUCUCACCAUUUCCACCUUGGUUGCAUUUAUGAGUGGAUGGAAAGAAGUGACAGCUGCCCAGUCUGUGGCAAGGCAAUGGUAUUCGAUGAAACGACUUGAUUUUGCUUGUAAGGUUUGCGUCGUGGAUGAAACCAGCAACAGCAGGAGAAGAAAGAAAACUAAAACGUUAGAGCUCUUUGUGAAUAUUGCAGGUUAAAGUGCUUGUUUACUAUAGUAAAUACAAAAGAAAAAAGGAAAUGUUCUGAUAACAAUUGUUUCAAAGUACAUUUUCGUCCAAAUGCCAUUUACAAAAUUUUUCGUCCAUGUGAAUGAAAAUCUGCUUAUAGUUAUGUCAGAACAUGACUUGAACUUGUA